UGAGCCCCUGUGUGUAUGUGUAGGGGGCGGGGGGGGGCGGUGUCUGCGCGCUCUCGGGCCUGGCGGGCGCGUCCCCGCUGCAGCUUUUUGGCUCCUGCUUUUCACCCGCCAGAGCCAGAGCUUCGUUAAGGUUUUAACGCCACCGGACUUGAUGAAGUUUCCUCAAAAGCGGUGCUGGUGAUGUUGUUUUGGUGCCUGCGCUGCUGAAGUAAUGUAGCGGAAAUGAUAGCUGAGCCCAACACAGCCAGUAACCUCCCCUGCCAAAAAGGGAAUGCUGUCCAUGAUGAAACUGUGCCUGAGUCUGCUGUGCAGAAUGGCAGCUCUGUGAGUAAUGGCAACCUGAAAACACCAAAAGAGAAACGGAAGGUCCGAGAACAGUGUGAAAACAUAAGGAGAAAGCCUUCCAGCAGCAAAAGAGUGAGCCAGCUGCAGAGUGGAGGAGUGGUUGAGGCAGUUACCUUGUUUGAAGUGGUUAGCAUGGGGAAGCAGGCCAUGCAGUCUGUAGUAGAUGACUGGGUUGAAGCUUAUAAACAGGACAGGAAUGUGGCACUUCUAGAUCUGAUCAACUUCUUCAUUCAGUGCUCUGGCUGUCAAGGCAUGGUAACAGCAGAGAUGUUUCAAAGUUUGCGCAAGAAGGAUAUCAUGCAAAAAAUGACUGAGAGCUUUGAUGAGGAAACUGGGUUGCAAUACAAGAAAUUUGUGGCCUAUCCUUGGAUCCUGACGGUGACGUGGCCAGUGGACAUGGACAAUGAAGACUACCCACUGAUCAGAUCAGGACCCUAUUGGAAGAAGUUCAAGGCCAAUUUCUGUGAAUUUAUUGCAGUGCUUGUCCAACAGUGCCAGUGCAGCAUUCUGUAUGAUAGCUACUUGAUGGACACUAUCAUCUCGCUGCUCACAGGCUUAGCAGACUCCAUGGUCAGAGCAUUCAGACACACAAGCACUUUGGCAGCAAUGAAACUUCUGACAGCAGUUAUAAGUGUACAUCUGAACCUUGAUGUCAACAAGCACAAUGCUGAAAGAUUAUACGAGGUGGAGAAGAAGAGGAUAAGUGGCAGGAGGACCAAUUACAGACUUGACCAGCUAGAGAAAAAAAGAAAAGAGUAUGAGCAGAAGCUUCUAGAGAUAGACAACAUGAUGAACGCUAUUUUCAAAGGGACGUUUCUGAACCGUUACCGUGAUGUGAUCCCUGAGAUCCGAGCAACUUGCAUUGAAGAAAUUGGCAGCUGGAUUAGGACAUACCCAGAUGCUUUUUUAAAUGAUAGCUACCUAAAAUACAUUGGAUGGAUGCUGUAUGAUAAGCAAGCUGAAGUGCGGUUGAAGUGCCUUCUGGGACUGCAAGGAAUUUAUAGCAGAAAAGAACUUGCUUCCAGGAUGGAUCUUUUUACGAGCAGAUUCAAGGAUCGAAUUGUGUCCAUGCCUCUGGACAAGGACCAUGAAGUAGCAGUUCAAGCCAUGAAACUCUUGAUGCUUAUGUCACAGAACUGUGAGGAUGUGUUAUCAACUGAAGACUGUGAAAUGUUAUACCAGUUUGUUUAUACCACACACCGUCCUCUUGCAGUAGCAGCUGGGGAAUUCCUUUAUAAGAGGCUCCUUAGUCAUGAGGGAGAUGAAGAAGUUCAGCCCAAAGAAGGAGGGAAGUUUGGGUCGAGUACUGACCAAUUGAAAAGAUUAAUAUCUUUUUUCCUGGAGAGCAAGCUACACAAACAUGUUGCAUACCUCAUAGACAGCUUGUGGGACUGGGCAGGCACAUUCCUGAAGGACUGGGAGUGCAUGACCACUCUUCUGUUAAACAAUGCUGAAGGAGAUGGAGAAGCACUGAGUGAUGCCCAUGAAAACACUCUCAUUGAAAUCAUCCUCGCAACAGUUAGAGAAGCAGCUGAAGGUCAUCCUCCAGUGGGCAGAGGAGCAACCAAAAAAAUUCUGUCAGCAAAAGAGAAGAAAAUACAAUUGGAGGAUUGUACCAGAAUUACUGAACACUUUAUUAUCGUGCUUCCUCAGCUCUUGGCAAAGUAUUCAACAGAUGCACAAAAAGUGGCAAACCUUCUGCAGAUUCCUCAGUAUUAUGAUUUAGAUGUUUACAGUACGGGACAUCUAGAGAAGCAUUUAGAUGCUUUGCUGAAAGAGGUAAAAGACAUUGUGGCCAGACACUCUGACAUAUCUGUGCUUGAGGCUUCCUCCAGGACUUAUUAUAUCCUUUGCAGUGAAGAAAUUGCCAUCUAUAACCAAGUGGAUCGUGCCCAAACUCAACUGAUAGAUGAGUUGAUGGGACAGCUUAACCAGCUAUUAGAUGGCUUCUGGAAAAAGGAAGAAGGAUUUUGUACAGAUGCAGGAGAAAUUUCCCGGAUUCACUCUGCUUUGAGAAGAGUAGCAGCUUUUCAUAAUGCCCAUGAUCUCACCAAGUGGAAUCUGUAUGACAAGACUGUACGGCUGCUGCUGUUUGAAGUGGAACAUGGGAGUUUGCCUGUUUUGAUGAUCCUGCCAGCUCUCCAGUGCACAUAUUUUUCUCUCCUGUGGAAACUUGCUGCGGUUACAGAAAAGUCUCCCAAGGAGACUCACUCUGCCCUAAGAAGAGAGCUGAGACGUUUCAGUCAGAUUUGCAUGUGCUUCCUCCACCAUAAGGAAAAAGAUGUAAGAGAAAAGGCCUUCAUGAUACUCUGUGACUGGUUGCUGAUUUUGAGCCAUCAGGAUUCAAAUAAUAAUGAAGAAGCAGCCAGAAUUGUAGAUUAUCUUCCUAGCACAUCACUUCAGGAAAAACUGCUUUUGUUUAUCCAGGAACAUGUUUUUGUGGAGCAAGAAGAGGAAAGCAAAGACCUCACAGAAGAGGAGGAGAGAAAGAAUGAAAGUUGCAAACUUGACGACUUGCACAAAAAGAGGAGUCUUCUUGCAGCAUAUUGCAAGCUAAUAGUGUAUAAUGUGGUAGAGAUGACUGCAGCUGCUGAGAUCUAUAAGUAUUAUGUGAAGACCUACAAUGAUUUUGGAGACAUAAUUAAAGAAAUGUUAAGCAAGACGAGGCACAAUAACAAAAUUCAGAGUGCCAAGACACUGAUUCUCUGUCUUCAGCAGCUGUUUCAGAGACAUGCAGGCAGCAGUGGUGGUGUGGACUUCUCUUCAGCUUCCUUCACAAAUAUGAAAGAACUCGCUCGCCGCUUUUCACUGACAUUUGGCUGGGACCAAGUGAAAUCCAGAGAAUCUGUAGCCAUGAUACACAAGGAAGGAAUUGAAUUUGCUUUCCAAGGAGCUACUGGAAAAUGCUUCCCUCCUAACUUGAGCUUUCUGCUAAUCAUCAGUGAAUUCUCCAACAAGCUGCUGAAGCCAGACAAAAGACUAGUGUAUGCUUAUUUACAGAGGUACAUAGCAGAACCACUGCCUUGCAGAGGAGACCAAUGGCAGCCAUUGAUUUGGUACAGAAACUCCUUAUUGGCAAGUGAAGAUGAGGAGAGCUCUGUCCUCAGCAGCUCAGGAGAGUGGUCCCCUGUGGGUACAUCUAAGACGUCUUCUUUUAAAAGGAAGUUGUCUAAUGGGUCUUUGCCUGAAACCAGCCAGAAUGAAGCAGCCAGCAAAGCUCCAGGCCUGCAGUGUACUUCCCAGCUUGCCUCUGCAACAGGGAAAAGCAGGAAGAGGCUGAAAUCUCGAGAGAUGCACUUGCAGGAACAUUUGCAGUUCCUUUGUCCAGGAGGGCUGCGGAGAAGACACUGCAAAGAUGAGAUUAAGACAGAAGAUGUCAAGCAAGGCAAGGGUCAAGCAAAAGACACAACUGAAGAUGUCGAUAUUGAUGUGGUUGGUGCAGACCAGGACAGUUAAGGAGCUGAGAGGAUAAAUGGAAGUGAAGAACACACUACCAUGGUUUUCUGCAACUUGCCAAACUGAAAAUGGGAUUGUGAUGGCAUCAACCCAGGCAGCAGGAGGUGUGGAUCAAGUAAAAUCUCUUUCUGUAGUCACCCACCCAGAAGCAGUCACAAGCACUGCAGCUGAUUUAUCCACAUUGCUCUUUGUGGUGUUCCCAGUUUGGCUUCUUGUGCUUCUAAGGUUGUGGUUGUUGUGAACAGCAUUACUCAGCUGCAUCCUGAUCCUGGCUGGUGCCUUGGGACAAUUCCUAACCUAAGGAUUAGAAUCAGUCUUGACAGAUACUGACUCAAAACUGUAAAGUAGAUGAGACAAGGGUGCUCAGAUCAGCAGGGGUGAGCCUGCUGCUCCUGUUUGAGAUAGCCAAGAUGGAUCCCUACUUCUUUCCUUGUACCUGAGCCUGGCAAGAAAGGAUCCUGGCCCAGCUGUGCAUGCAGUGACCUGCAGGGUGAUGCCAAGAGACUUGGCAGUGCCCUUUCCUGCCCAUAAAAUGGAAAACCAGGAUUGAAUCAUGUGACUGUAUCUCUAAAUUCCAGUGCUGACAGAGAUGUGGUCUGGGGGGAUCAGGACAUGUUCAUCACCCCUAGGACACUUGCAUCAAGACUUCUAAGCAGCAAAGAAGGAAACAGUGGACCAGUUGACUGAGUGUUUUCCUGUGGAAGAAAUCCUUCAUACACAGAGAUCAUGUGGUAUUUACUUGGAAAAUACAAAGUUUGAAAAGCCAAUGUAAAUAGACUGUAAAAAGGCACUUCAGAAGUAGUUUUUUUCCUUUAAGAAUUUGCAAAUGAUCUUCACUUGGGUGUUUCAGAGCCAGUAGGGUGGGGAGUGGUAGCUGACCCUUUGUCCCCACUCCAUGGAAUUGUACACUGCAAUAACCUCCAUCAGCUUUAUUUUAUUUAUACAGGAUUGUAACUGUGUAAAAUAAACUACUUAAACGUUGCUGUCCAUUAGUUAAAUUCCCACACUAAGUCUGGAGAACAAACAGCAGCAGUGCUCCCAGCAAUGCUCCUGGCCUUAGAGCUUGCCCUGUUAUU